AUGAAGUUGAUAAAAGUGUGGCUGCUGUUUCUUUCACUGGCGGGAUGCGAAGCUUUGUUCGGAGUAGAGGUUACCCCGAACAUUCCUGAAGCGGCAACCAUAACGAAUGCCUGCUCGAGGUUCGUGUCAGUAUCGCAGCAGAUCACCCAAUCUGUCAACAAUCUUGGAGAGGUGUCGUUCAUCACAUUUCUGCUGCAAGGUGGAGCUGCCUCCUUCGUCAGCUCAGUGUCACAAACCUACACAACUCUCGCUGCGAUCGCUCAGGAACUGAAUACGGUGACGAAUGCGAAUACCGGCAAUGUGAACACUAUUUUCUCUGUUGCGCUUACCAGCAUGAAAGCCUUCACCGCAAUCACCAUAGAUGAGCGGUUUGCGAAAUGGUUCGUACUGCAGAAUGCCAAACCCGAUUUUUCCACCAUCGUUCUGACGCUUAAUGCAGUGAUUGACUUUGUCGAGAACACCGCGCAACCAGGUAUGAAAACUUUCUCCUCCAGCCGAAUUUCGCAAGCCACAUUUUAUAACGCUAUCCCAAAGCUGAAAGUGAGUGCCGUCGCACAAAAACUAACCGAUAUGGCAGAUUAUCAUGAGACCGUUGUACUGCCGUAUAUUAAGAAACUCGUCAACACGUUUCGUGUGACGUCUGAUAAGUUGGCGCUGUUUCUCACAAACGCGGACCAAGCAUUCCAACACUUGGAUGCGACGUUGACUUCAACCUACGGACGGUUUAACGAAUUGAGCAAAUCGGCAACAUCGGCAGCGAAUGAAUUGCAGCCCACCAUUCGAACUGCUGUGCAACAGUUCACCAGCCGAAUGGAGGAGUUUACCGAUCUGUAUGUUGGUGGAUCGGCCAGUGAGUAUGCCAAGUCGGCUUCCAGCAUGUACAACUCUUACUUGACCACACUAACCGCGCAAACAAAGGUGAUCGUAAGUCGCUUAGAACGCGCACGUAACACGUUCAGCGACAGUGCGCUGGAAAGCUUCGGUAAAGCGCUUACAUUGGGCCACAGUGCAAUGACACAGACGCUACUGUUCACUAUAAUACAGGCAACCAGUCAAGCCAAACUAUCCUGCACUGACCAGGUGUACAUUAAAUUCAUCAACGACUUCGGUACGCUGCUGCGGAACGAGGUUUGCGACUGUAUCACCGGCAGUGAUUACGACAUAUCGCCAAUCGUCAACGAGCAGAUAACCAAGGUUAAAGACAUCCAGAAAGACGUAGCGCAAUAUUUCAACCAACUGAACAGCGCCAUUGCUGGGCUCUCGAAUUCUAGUCCGCCAAGUGCGCGAAUGCAGCUGGACAUGUUUCUCACUGCGUUCUUCAGUCAGAGCAACAAUAUAACGCCCACCCUUUUGCAGCAGUUGGUCAACAUGGUGACAGAGCUUGGUGUUGAUUAUGAUCUUCUGAUCGGUCGAUCGCGUUACUGUUUGGCUAUGAAUGUGGCGGUAGCGGACCGGUUGGCGAGAAACUUCUCUACGGCAAUAUCUGCCUGUUUGAUUUGA